AGGACCCAAAAUAUUUCCCAAAAAUCUCUUAUAAUAAUAAGAAUUGAAGAUAGUACUUUGGUGUAAUUAAUAGUGACACAUUCAAAGAGGGUCUUUACGGGAAGUUGACAUCAUUUUGGUCAAGGCUUGUGUUUUUGUCUUGGAAACUUGAGAGAGAGAAAAAGAGAGGGCACAAUGAAAAUAGGGAGAAGGGAGAUUAUUGAAGAAUCAAAGAAGCAGCUAUGGCUAGCAGGGCCAUUGAUAUUUGUGUGUGUGUUUCAAAACAGCUUACAAAUUAUAUCUCUCAUGUUUGUUGGACGUUUAGAUGAGUUGCUUCUUGCUGGUGCUUCUUUGGCUAUUUCAUUUGUCAAUGUUACUGGCUUCAAUGUAUUGAUGGGUAUGUCAAGUGCAUUAGACACAUUUUGUGGGCAAGCAUAUGGAGCACAACAAUAUCAUAUGGUUGGAAUAUAUACACAAAGAGCAAUGUUGGCAACCACCCUUGUUAGUAUACCUUUAUCAUUUAUUUUGGCAUACUUAAAACCGAUUUUGAUAAUUUUACGUCAAGACAAAACUAUUGCAGCACAAGCUCAACUAUUUGCUCGUUACUCAAUUCCAAGCCUUUCAGCCAAUGCCCUUCUUAGGUGCCUUGUUAAAUUCCUACAAACACAAAAUAUAAUUUUUCCAAUGGUGCUUGCUAAUGGAGUCACUAGCUUGAUACAUGUUUUUCUAUGUUGGGCUUUGGUUAUAAAAUUUGGAUUUGGUAUUAAAGGAGCUGCUAUUGCAAUCUGUAUCUCAAAUUGGCUUAAUGUGGCAAUGUUGGCAAUUUACAUGAAGUUCUCAUCUUCAUGUAAAAAGACUUGGGUUGGUUUGUCAAUGGAAUCCUUGCACAACAUCCCUCAAUUUCUCAAACUCGCAUUUCCUUCGGCAGUCAUGGUUUGCUUAGAAUCAUGGACAUUUCAAAUAAUGGUGCUCCUGUCUGGUGCUCUUCCCAAUCCACAGUUGCAAACUUCAGUCCUUUCUAUAUGUGUUAAUAUAUCCGGUAUGCUUUGGAUGGUACCGUUUGGAAUUAGUGUUUCUGCAAGUACAAGAAUCUCAAAUGAACUAGGAGCUGGAUGUCCAAAUGCUGCUUAUUUAGCUGUAAUAGUAACCUUAUUCAUGUCAUUUGCUUGUGGAGUUCUAGAGUUUGCUUUCAUUAUGUCACUAUGGAAAGUUUGGGGAAAGGCUUUUAGCCAUGUGCAUGAAGUAGUCACAUAUGUGAAUUCAAUGACACCGGUUGUUGCAAUAUCUGCCUUUGUAGAUUCAUUUCAAACUCCACUCCAAGGUGUUGCUAGAGGAUGUGGUUGGCAGAAGCUUGGUGCAUUUGUUAAUUUAGGAGCUUAUUAUCUUGUUGGCAUUCCCAUUUCUGUUGUAUUUGCUUUUGUCUUCCACAUGAAGGGACAGGGGCUAUAUUUAGGACUUGUGAUAGCACUUGUUGUGCAAGUGGUGUGUUAUCUUCUUGUCACCUUGUGCACCAAUUGGGAAAAAGAAGCAAAGAAGGCUGCAAUAAGAGUACGAGGCAAUGGAGUCCAAGUUAAUGCACAUCCACAUGACCAAAAUGUUUCUGCUCCGUAGUUUAAAUCCCUCCAUUAGAAUUUUAUGUGGAAAGUGGAAACAAAACUCAGCUAAAUAAUAAGUACUCCAUAGUAUAUAAUCCACCAAUACAGUACUUGGUGAUGAAACUCUGUAAUCUUUGACCUAGAAUUUCAAUGAGUGGUGCAUUUAAUAAAGUAUAAUAAUCGAAACUUUGUAUUAUAUUGGAUAAAUUGAAUAGUUAUGAUUGAAAUAUUUUAAAAAGUUA